AUGGAACAGAAGCCCAGCACGGUGGAGUGCCUGUCGGAGCCAGAGGACACCCGGUAAGGGCACACCCACCCAGCAGGGAUCCUAGCGCACUGCAGAUUUGGGGGAGUUCUGCUUGCGUAUACCCCAACCGCAGCUGGUUGUUUCAGAGGACGCCAUUAAAAAACCCCUUCCUUCUCUCCAUUUCCGUCAACACAGUAACAGCGAGUUCGCUAUUAGAAGAAGCGAUAGAGAGUGUGCAGCUCAGAGUGAUUUUUGGUGGUGUCCAGUAUCUGAAUCUUUCGUUUCUGAAUCCAUACCAUGCAAGUAGCAAAUGUGGAACUGAGUGUCUGGAUGUUGAAUUCAGGAUCAUGUGUUUCCUGUCAGCCUUCCCUUUAAAAAAAGAAAAGAAAAAGCUUGAAAUGGAGGAACAAUUUUCCACCGCCCCCACCCCCCGGCCGCCAUUUUUCAUCUCUUACUCUGGGUUGUAACCAAUGAUAGUCAGAGUAGACCCACUGAAAUUAGUGGACAAUGACCGACUUGGGUCACUUGUUUUAUUUAUGGCAUUUAUUUUUUUACUGGAUUUGUAUGCCACCUUUUCCUACAAGCUGCCCAAGGUGGCAUACAUGAUUCUCUCACUCCUCUUUUAAACCCUGCAACAACCCUGUGAGGCUGGUUAGGUUGAGAGGCGGUGACUGGCCCAAGGUCAGCUUCAUGGCUGAGUGGGGAUUCGAACCCUUGUCUCUCUGGUCGUAGAGCGACACUCUAGCCACUAUGUCACACUGACUCUUUAAUUACCGUACUUUUCCGUCUAUAAGACGCCGCCGUUUAUAAGACUACCCCUAUUUUUGGGGUCUCAAUUUUAAGAAAAUUCGGGGAGAUGGCUCAGUUGUUGAGCUUUUUUUUAGGGGGGGGGACUGUCCCAUCGCCUGAAGAAGCUGCAAAUCACAUGCCCAACUGCCAGAGCGUCAGCCAAUCAACACGCACAAUAGCUGCUGACAGACACGGCAGCAACUAAUCAAACGUCCAUCCUAUGCACUACCCAUGUAUAAGACAACACCCACUUUUUUUUUAAAAGAAAAAAACAUAGUCUUAUACACAGAAAAGUACGGUAAAUUCAUCUCAGUGGGUCUGCUCAGAGCAUGACUAGCACUGGACUAUGUCUUGGUCCUCCAUCUUGGCGGACUGAAUGCAUUCUCAUAUUUUUAAGGAGUGGCAACAUGAUACACUGGAUCAAGCAAGGCAGAUUUGACCAUAAAUCUCAGGCUUGCCUAUUGUUUGCAUCUUUGGGUGGCAUGCUGCAUUCCAUGUUAAUUUCCAAGCACUGCAGGGCACACUGAUCAGGUAGCUUCUAGCACAUCACUAGGAAGCCAUAAAUUAAAGGCUGAUGAACCAAAAGCCGCUACCUGCCAAGGAGUCUGCUCCCUGUCUCCUCUGGGCAUUUUGCUCCUCUGUUCUUGCCUCCUUUCAAUCAGCCUCCAUUAGGGGUGAGUAAUUCUGCCCUAUGGCUCUAUGGUGUAUGGUUGGAUCAUUCAACUUCUUCGACUGUGGAAAUGCAGAAGAAUUAUAUUGCUUACUGGGAAGCUGCCCGUUGCAUCUCUGCGCGAGUCACCGUUAGAAACUCAGAUAUAUAAGCUAAUUGCCAAUGGACCUUAAACCUAGGUUAUAGUUGCCACAGCGAAAUGUCUAGGCUCCUUCUCCCCCCCCAAAGGAAUUUAUUGCUGGUGCUGUUGUAUUUGUUGUUACUUUCAUUUCUAUGUCGCUUUAUAUUUUAAAGAAAAAGUCUCAAAGUGGUUUACAACUUGUUUAAAACAGUAAAUAAAGCAAUCCAGAAUAAAACAAAUUCAAGCUUCAAGGGCAAUACAGUAUUUCAGAUCCUUCUCUAAGUGACAUUUUGCUUUCCCCAUAUGAAUCUACCUACCGUAUUUAUUUGAAGGCAAUGUGCACCUUUUUUGGCCAAAUUACGUUGCAAAAAUUAGGGUGUGCAUUAGAUUUGAUGCCACAUUUACACUCGCCACCAAAUACUUUUUCGGUUUUGAGGUUUUGAAAAUUGAGGUGCGCAUUAGAUUCAAUGGUGCAUUAGAUUCGCGUAAAUGUGGUACAUAAUUUAUAGAGCUGCCCCAUAGCAGAAGUACUCUAGGAAGCCAGUGCAGUGUAGUGGUUAGAGCAUGGGUAGGCAAAGUAAGGCCUGGGAGCCGGAUCCUGCCCAAUCGCCUUCUAAAUCCGACCCACGGACGGUCCAGGAAUCAGCAUGUUUUUACAUGAGUAGAAUGUGUCCUUUUAUUUCAAACGCAUCUCUGGGUUAUUUGUGGGGCCUGCCUGGUGUUUUUACAUGAGUAGAAUGUGUGCUUUUAUUUAAAAUGCAUCUCUGGGUUAUUUGUGGGGCAUAGGAAUUCAUUCAUUUCCCCCCCACCCACCCCAAAAAAUAUAAUCCAGCCCCCCGCAAGGUUUGAGGGACAGUGGACCGGCCCCCAGCUGAAAAAGUUUACUGACCCCUGGGUUAGAGUGUUGGACUUGGACCUGGGAGAUCAGGGUUCAAAUCCCCACUCAGUCAUGAAGCUCACUGGGUGACCCUGGGCCAGUCACUGCCUCUUAACUUCUUAACCUACCUCACAGGGUCGUCAUAGGGAUUAACUGAGGUGGGGGAUGAACCAUGUACACCUUGGAGAAAAAGGUGGGAUAUAAAUGCACUGAAUAAGCUCUUACUUGCUUAAGAGAGCUGGAAGGCCCAGCCAGAUGGAGAUUUCAGUUGCCAACCUGGCAUCCAGAGAUCUCCACGUGGUCGCAAUUGGACCUGCGCCAGGCACAAAACGCACCUUUCUAUCUCUGUGUACUGGGCUUGCCUCCUUCCAGUCAAGAAGCACCCUUCAAAAGAGUGACUCACACAGAAACGGGGCGAGUGGAGAAUUUGUAACUCUUCCAUGGUCCUAAAGUGAUGUUCAUUUUUUUUAAAUGUAAAGGUGAUCCCAGACUGUCACUCUCCUUGGGUGGGAUUCUGCCACAUCCUAGCAAACAUUGUUUGUGCAGUUGGAGCUGAUUGGGGCUAUCUUGCAAGAAACCUGUUCCUCCAAAAGACCGGACAUUUGGGGAUAAGGAAAAAGAGGGGAAAUUGCGCUGGAAAGUGUAGGGCAACAAAUCACAAGCGGCCUAAGUGAAAGGCAUCUUCUUUCCUGAAUUUCAAGUAUGGUUGAGGUAUCAGAAGUUUAUCGCUGCAGUUGCAUGUUCCUUCGAGUCCUUCCCCCCCCCCCGUUAAUAUAAAUUUGCUUUUCUGAGAAGUAGUUUGGUGUUUUGCAUUUAAUCUGCUAAGUAAAUCAGGAGAAGCAUUUCCACGAAGGCUUAUUAGGGUAGAGGCGGAGCGGCUUUUGAACCUGCGUUCUCCUUUGAUGCAUAAGCCAAAUAACCUAUAGGUUGAAUCCCAGGGCUCCAUAGCUAUGGAGCUAGGGGUGUGCUAUGCUGUGGGUGGGUGCCAGCCGCUGGUUGGGGCUGCCUGAGAUCCCAGCCACGGGUGAGAAUGAGGGUGCAAAAAUGUGCAGCGGGCUCCAGAAUAAUAUUGGCACUGUGCAUUUAUGAUGUUGGCAAGGGGAUUCGGUUUUCAUAGAAUCAUAGAAGGGGUCACGAGGGUCAUCUAGUCCAACCCCCUGCAAUGCAGGAAUCUCUCUGCCCAACAUGGGGUUCAAAACCACAAGUAAUACAUAGGUGUGAAAUGGAUCUGUCCCACUAAAUAAAAGAUAAGAAGGAAAUGAAGAUCCGAAAGCCCGAGUGAAUAAAAAACAGAUAAUGAUGGCUCCAGGAGUGCCAUCAGAUAGAGCACUCCGUAAACGGGGAGCCACCACUGAGAAGGCCCAUUCUCUGGUUGCUGCCCUCCGCACCUCCCUUGAGGAGGGCAUGCAGAGAAGUGCCUCAGAUGCUGAAUGCAGGGUCUUGGUGGUUUCACGUGGGGAGAGGCAGUCCUUGAGGUCUUGUCACCCUGAGCCACAUAAGGCUUUAUAAGCCCAAACCUGCACUUUGAAUUGGGCCCAGAAACUAAUUAGUAGCCACCGCCGUCAGGCCAGGAUUGGUAUUAAUGUGUGCUGACUGCCUUGCCCCAGUGAGCAGCCUGGUUGCUGAAUUCUGCAUAAGCUCCUGCUUCUAAACCGUCUUCAAAGGCAUCUCCAUGCAUAAAGCAUUGCAGCAAUCUAACCUAGAAGUUACCAGUCAAGUGCCUUUGGGUGCUUGCAAGCGGGGCACAGCGGGGCUGGGCCUUCUGCUGUGGUUUCUCCCCAUCUUCUUGCACUCAGAGGUGUAUUACUGCUGUAUGCACAGGUUCCAUUUGGCUACUGUGGCUAAUAGCCCAUGAAGCUCACAGUGUUGUUGCCUCGGUCAGCUCACUCUCCCCGUUGAGGCUACUGCGCAGGGUUAUUGCUUCGAGCUUUGUGUGAUGAAAAGUGUCGCAAUUUGGAGAGGUGCUGGGUGCCUUCAGACCCCCGUAACCUCUUUCAGGAUGCAAUAAAUCAGAGGGUUGCAUUUGGACACGGAAGACCCAAGUUCAGCCACCUUGCGUAUCUUUCAGCCUGUCUCUGCCUCAUCUACCUUGCAGGGUUGUUGUGGUGACAAUGGAAGGGUAUAAAUGAGAUGAUAUAACAAGAAUGCAUAAUCACCCUGUAAUACUUUUAACAAAAAGAAAACAAACGAGCACCCACAGUGGGGUACAGAACCCAGGUGUCCUAGAUCUCAUCUUUCCUUCCUCUCUGCGCCCUAUUUGUCAAUAGCUCAGUCAGCAGAGCAUGAGACUCUUAAUCUCAGGGUUGUGUGUUCGAGCCCCACUUUGGGCAAAAGAUCCCUGCAUUGCAAGGGGUUUGGGCUAGAUGACCCUCGUGAUCCCUUACAACUCUACGAUUCUGUGAUCUACAAAAUGAAGUAGUGCAGCUCUGUGUUUAUUAUGGACUUUGCUGAUGAUUAUCUUGCAAGCGGGUAGACAGAUAGCAUUUGCAUUUUGCACUGUAGGGUUUCAAAGAAUUGUUUCGUUUUCUUGGUAAUCCUUGCAAAGACCCUGCAAGGUAGGCCAGUAUUACUUAUCUCUGUUUUAAUACAGAUUAGGGGAGAGGGCUGAAGAAGAGAGAAUGGCUUUUCCUAAGGCCACCUGGUGAUUUCAGAGCAGAGGCGAAGCUCGAAUCAGACAGUUCCUGGGGAGAGGGCAGACGUGCUUUGCCCUCAGACAACCCCAGGUUCCAUCCCUCGCAGACUCCAGUAAAGAGUUUCAAGCAGCAGGUAGAUGAGGAAAGAGCUGUACAUGAAACACUGAUGCCCACUGCCUGCCAGAGUAGACACUACUGGGCUGGAUAGAUACACACACUUGCCUGGUAUAAGGCAUCUUCUUCCUACGUUCAGCUCAGUCUGUGAGCCACUGUGCUAGAGUAGCUCUCAUAGAUUCAAAUAUAAUUAAGCUGCAUAAUUUAAGACGCAGAGGCAUUCCUUGAUAUAGAACAGAGAGAGAGAAUACGCUUGGGAGCUUGAUGUCCUACUCAGUCUCCUGCCAGAACAGCUGUGAUUUUUAUCUCUUUCCACAGUGCUGCUGCUGCCGGUGCUGCUGCGAGAGUCGCAGUCCUAGGAAGGGCUCGCCUCUAUGUGUGCCAGGCCGCAAGCCUAUCCUGUUUACCCCUUCCAUCUGUGGCAUACGGAAGGGCCAAGGGGAGAGGGUGGGGGUCAGGAUAAUGGGCCCAUUCUCCGACACUGGCACCGGCUGGGUCCUAAUGGGCCCCACAACUCAGCAGGUGCCUUUUUUUGCCAGCGAGACUGUCUGCCCGCCCGUCAGCCAGCUGUGCUGCUGCCUCUGUUUGCCCAGACUUUCCUGGCAUGUAGCGCUGGCAGCCAGAACAGCCGUGCACGUUUGGGGUGGGAAACCAAAUUAUGUAGGAAAUAAUCUCCCCACCACCACCACCACCACCUUCCACCUGCCCCCAUGCCUUGCGAAGCGGCUGCCUUUUUGUCCAUGCAGCUGCAAUAUCCUUCUGCAUGUGUGCGAAGUGUUUUUAUUGCCUUUGCCCCUCCCCACAAGGUUUCCACCAUUCCCUGUUGUACAAAUGGGCAGGGGAAAUGAUGGCUGUGCCACAGGCCAAACAGAGAGUCAGUGGCAGAGUGGAAUCCAUCCUUAAAACCAGCCUUCUCUGCAGCACCUUUUACAGUGAGUCUGGAGAAAAGUGAUGUUGAGGUGGGUGUCUGCACCCCAAAUCAGCCCCAAAUCUGGACUCUGUGAUGCCCUCCAAACAUCAGCCUCUAAUGGACUAGCUAGGCAGUUCCCAUCUCCUUCGUCCCUCUUUUUGAUGGGAAUGCAGCCUGCUAUCCGCUUGCUACCAAUCCCAGACUUCAAAUAUUUGCUGCUUGCCCUGCUGGAGGCUGACACUAGGCCUGCCAGAACUGCAAGGGGAGAAGGGUACAUCCAACACACUGCAGUGGCUCAGCAGGUAAACUAAGCCAAGGCAGGAAAAUAGGAGGCUGAAAAGGACUUCAUUGAAACUAUUAUUAUUAUUAUUAUUAUUAUUAUUAUUAAUGAUUUUUCAGAUUUCUUACCCUGCCCUUCACCACACACUCCCAGGGUAAGAUGUAAUCAUUUAAAAAAACACAACAUUAAAAUAAAUUACAGCCAAGAGAAUAGGGUGGGCACUAAAAUAUAUUGGGUGUCGAAAGCUAGGGAAAUUUGAGAUGCUUUCAGUAUAUGUCAAAAUCUACGUAAUGAAGGCACCAGGUGAACAUCUUUGAGCAAAGCAAAUGGCCCAAUUCUGCGCUCCCCACCCCUGCAAAUAAAGGGUGGAGAAGACGUGAAUCUGGGCCUGUUUUGGAAAAACUCAAAAGUCACACCACACAGGGGUGCUUCCUUGCAGAUGUUGAGUUUUCCAGUUGUAGCGUUUACAUAGGUAUGGUAUUAGGGGCUAGCAAGGAAUGUGCAGGAUCCUUGUGGCAAGGAGACCACAUCAAUGCAGUUCAAGCCCUGGCGCUAGGAAGGCAUGCUGGUGAGUGCAAACUCCCACCUCCCCACCUCCCAAGCACACACACACACACACACACACACACACACACUUCCCCUGAAAGCCACAGUGAGCCAUCAGCCGAGGGAAGUUACACACCGCAGAAAAGAUGGCUGAAGUGUAAAAAAGAGCUUUAGAUUUCUCAAGGAAGCAAGCCAAGCCGCAACUGAGGAGAAAUAUGAAAACCACCCUGGGUCGCAAGUCAGUUUGUUCUGGAGGGAAAUCCCUUCCUGAUGCCAACUUUCAUAAUGUCUCAAAUUCAAGUAAAACCCUGUUUAUGGAAUCCUCCACAAGGCAAUUUUAUUUUUAGGGAAGGGAGUGGAAUCAUUCCCAGAUCACAGUAUUAUAGAUUCCUCUUCCCCUGCUUCCCUGCCCCCCCCCACCCCAAAGCAAAGGGCAUUGUAGAGUAGCUAAGAGAGUAAGUUGGGAAUUCUCCAGUUUUUAACUCUGCCAUAAACUAGCCAGCCCCACCAACGGGAAGCCACUGGCCUUAUCAACCUCAGCAUCCCUUCUGCAGCAGCACAAUGAUAACAGCACUGGCCUCCCUUACAGGCUCGUUGUAAGGUCACCGAGCCAAAUGCCUGUGCUAGUGCUGCAUAAAUACGAAGGAUUUUGCUUGUUACUAUUAUUAGCCAUUAGCAUCAUUAUUUUGCUGCAGGUAAAGGGCCUUGUAGGUAGCUGCAGAGAGGAUUCCUUAACAGGUGUAUGCCAGGAAAUGCAAACCUCACGAAAGGCAUCUGCAGUCCAAACAGUGCUUCAAACAGCUUCUUCAUUCCCUUCCCACCCCAGGGUUGGGAAAUUUGGCUCCCACCAAGCGCCAGGGGGGAAAACAUCACUUCUAGUCCUUUGAGAUGCUUCUGCCUUUUUGCCGGCAGUAAUCCUGAUUUUGUGUUGCAAGAUCAUCUGCUGCAACACGCUCGCACCUGUACAUGCACUUGUAUCAUUACACAAGCAGCGGUGGUGAUGUGUGGAAAGGUGCUGGUGGGGUUUUUUGCGGUUGUUGGUUUUUUUUACGUGCCCCCAUGCACACUCUAAUGGCCAUUUUACGGGAGGGACACUUCUGUGUGUGGAAGUCUAGAUGCGGCAGACACGAUGCGGUUCUGGGGAAACUCUUCAUGUUUGUGACCUAUGCAGUGCAGGCUUGGCAGCCUUCCCUCUGCAAGGAGAGAAGUGUCAUCCUGCUAGGGCUGUAAAAGCUCCCUUAUCUUUUCUCCGCUGUACAUACACCCCUUUGGCAAAAAAUUAAAAUAAAUGCUGUUGUUCAGGUGUGAUGAUCACACCUGGCCACAUGGUGGCAGACUUGCUCCAUAAUGUACCCCAGGCAAACCCAUUCAGAGAGCAAAGGGUAAAGGGCAUUGGAGGUGGGAUGGUAGGCAGGACUUGGGACAGACGUGGUUGCAGCGGCAGCACAGAGCAACCAGCGAUUAAGAGGAGAGUUUGAGAUUGAUAUGUAAUCACCAGCCCAGCAAGGAAGGGGUUGGCAGGCCAACGGUGUAUGGGCAUGUGCCAUCGAAGUUGUAAAUGGCCAAGCACGGUUUCGAUCGAAGCCAGUAAUCCGCCUCUGGAUGUGUAGCUUUAAAGCACAGUGCCCAACUCCAAAGGAUUCUGGGCAGUGUAGUUCUUUAAGGGAAUUGUAAAGCUGUGCAGGGUAAAACUACAGCACCCAGAAUUCUUUGAGGGGAGGGAAUGUGCUUUGAAUGUGCUCCGAAGGUAUAGUGUGUAUGCAGCCCUUAUCUCUGGACAGUAGGCCUCAGACCAGCCACACAAAAACCAGAGGUUUCAACAUUGACACCUCUGCAUCCAGUCCAGCAAGAGGCAUUAUUGCAGGUCAGAGACAGGGGAAAGACCUGAACAAGGGUGUGGAGUUGGGCCAAUUGGAGGUGUGUGGCCUGGGAACAGUCCCACAGGCCAGAUAGAGAGGCCUGCAUUUGACCUGUGUACCUGAGAUUAUCCACUCCUGCUUUACACAGAUGGAAGCACAUUCUGUCACCCUCAAAGGAUUCUGGGCAAUGUAGUUUGCUCAGCGUUUUUGGGAAUUGUAACCCUGUGCACUACAGUACCCAGAAUUCUCUGAGGGAAGAAAGGCACUUUGAAUGUGCUUUCAAGGUAUCUUGUGAAGCGGGGUGGAGUGCGUUUUUCCUGCGCCUCUUCUCGUCUCCAUGUGUCUUGAUAAACCGUGUGUGCAGUAUUCGGGGUGUGCUUUGUUCACAUAGGACGAACCUCAUUGGGCCCCAUAAGGAUGCCCAGACUCCGAUCUCUCCUGGCCCCGGAUUGGGAGCUGGGUGUGCCUUGGGGCACGGCCCUUGCCACAGGACAUGCCCCCGGCACAACCUUCUGUUCUUGCCAUGGGGCCCCAGGGCAGGCAAGUUUGUUCUCACGGCUUUGCUUGCCGCUCCUGUCGUAAGCAAAUAGCGAAGCUCCUCCACCUGGGAUGGGAAGGAGAAUGUGACUGGGCGGCUCUGUGGUUUUGCUUGCCCCACAGAGAUGGGCAGGACCUCUGUUCCCUAGUCUCAUGUGGGAGGUAGGAACGAUUGUGAUGGAUAAGGUAUGGUUUUGUCACCCCGCUCCUUGAGCAACCACUUUUCCGCUCGCUCGCUCACGUGCACGUACACCUCAUUUAGAAAGUAUGUGCUCACUAGAGCCCAGGUAUGUGUGGCUGACCUCUGCCGCCUUUUUCUCAUGUUGCUUAUGUGGUUGGUCUUUGGAUUAGCUGUGCAUGCUGCUGCGAUUCUUUGGGAGCCGAGACGACUGCAAAAAUGUGUCACUGGCUGCAGGAAUCAACUUCCUGAAAAUCUCCGACCUCGUUGCGAAUCAGGUUCCUGGCCCUCAUGAUUGUGAAGUCUAGGGUGUGGGUCUGAAGGGGUAUGGUGUAAGAUUGCUAGCCAUCACGCUGACAGGGUCAUUUCUCUCCCCCUCCUCCCUGUGGGUGGAGCCAAUGGACGUCGACCACACUGCCACCUGCUGCAAAGAGUUAGUGCUGCAUCCUAGUGUAAUCAGCAAAUCUCUCACCACCACCCCCCCCAAAAAUCUGCAUGGCUCUGAGAGUUUAGGAAAUCGGGGAUUGGAUUUGUUCUCUCUUUGUGUGUCUGUUUAAAGAUGAAGGGUACUAAUGCUUCACCAGGAAAUCCCCCUGAUCCCUGUUCACACCAAGGCGCUGGCCUAUGCUUAAACAAGGGUUACAGGAGCUGAAACCUCCCUGGAAUUCCUGGCUUCUAAAAUGAUCCUGUGCAGGCUGGAACGGCUCUGGUUGUUCCAGGUGAUGAGGGAAUUGCACUCUGCAGGGUGGCUCCUCCUUUUCUGUUCUGUGCCACAAAUGAUUAACAGUGGGAAGGUCUGCCGGUAGAAGAUAUAUUGAGGGAUAGAACCUUACUUUUGCAAGGGUUGGGGUAGCAUGUGUUUACCAGAAAUUCCAAAAUGUUUUGAAAGUACUCUGUACUUGCCUGUUCAUGCCCUGUUGACUGUGAGAGAGAGAUUGUCAGCUACAGCGGUUGGAGGAGCAAGGGCCAGGACUCUUGGGUUCUCUAUCUAGCUCCAUAGAAAACAGGAGGGACAGCUGAUUCACUGGUUAUACAUUCUGUACAGGGGAGGAGGCUUGGCCACGUAGAAAAGAAGUCACUUCCCAACACACAUACUUGAGAGGCACGUUCGCCUCGGGUCCACAGCAUGGAUGUAUUGGCUAUUUAAUUUGCCGUAUUUUGCUCAAAAUUAAUGUGGGUUCAUUGGUUAACUUUUUGCCGUCUAUCUGCACAUGCAUACUUUUUUGCUGCAUGAAUUUAUUUACUUAGUGUAUUUAAAUUUCCUUAAAGGCUUCCCCCAAGGAGUCCUGGGAACUGUAGUCUAUCAAGGGUGCUGAGAACUGCUGUUAUUAUCAUUACCAUCAUUGUAUUAAAUUUAUUACCCUUCCCCCUAAGGCCCCAGGGCAGACAACAGCAUUAAAACGCAACAUUACAACGGCCAAACGAAUAGCCUUCCUAAUGUUUACCCUGGAUGGGGGGUAAGCUGGAGAUAGCUGCCAAGUUUCUCCAACACGCAACGAGGACUCGUGAACGUUACACAACAGUGUUUUAAUUGUUCGAGGCAGAUUUUGCUGGUUUUAUUGUAUUGAACCUUUCGAAAUGUUGUCCAUAUGUCAAUAAAAGGUUUGAAAACAUGACAACGCAAUAUAAAAAAAGUCUGAAGCAAUGUAAGGUGGGCUCCCCAAAAUAUACAGGGCAGAGAGGAGGUCCUUAAAGUACAGAUUCCAGAAAUCUUGAAGCGGGCAAAGCCAUUACUGUUAUAAUGGCAUUGGAGCACUUUGAAAUGUGUGGUGCAGCCGCGUGGCCGCCUCCUUCGGGGUCUGCAGAAGAGGCGUCACCUAUGGACUCCUUGCCCUGCCAAGUACCUGGAGCCCAGAGCGAGAACAUUUUGAUUCCGUCCCCUGCUCCACCUUCUCCCCACCUUCUUGCCCACCCAGGGAAUCCCAGGUGCCGAGAGGGGGCACCUCCGUGCCUCCCAUGUCUCGCUGCCGGGCACACGCUGUCCUCAGGUGCCGAGCCGGCCUUGCUGGCCUGGAGCCAAGCCUCAUCAUGCACAGCCCCUGCGGAGGAACAGCAGAGCACAGUCUGGCGCUGGUCCCAGGAACUCCUGGUACAAGCCGUGCCUACAAGCCUUACGUGGACAAGAGGACAUCCUGUUGGGGAGCUUUUGCAGUCGCCUGUGGGGUGCGGGGUGGGGGGGGGGGAAGAGAGGAGGAGGUGGACAAGACAAACUGGUAGUACCAGCCUUGCCUACCCAACCCCUCUCACUCCCCCCCCCUUCUGUAGUCACUGUUGACGGUCUUUUUUUAGAAGCCUGCAUUGUGUACAUGCUGAUGUGUUGUGUUUGUUCAAAGGCUGCACGUACGCACCGCCCCGGCUUGUGUUAUUGUUGGGUCCUUUCCCCAAACGACACUUAAAUCAUUUCUCUCCCCCCCCCCCCCCCGUGUUUCCUGUUGGUGUGAUUCAAGCAUUUAAGCCCUCUGUUGGCUAGGAGGGGGGGGGGCGGGAAAGCCUCCAAAAGGAAAUGUGUAUCAGAGCAGCUGUUCAAAAGGACUAGUUCUCUCUGCAGCGGCAAGAGCUUUUAUCGCUUGGGACUGUAGGUGAGGGCUCAUAUUGUGAAGCUUUCACCCAAACAAACUAGUGUGUGUGUUUGGAGGGGAGGGUAGAUUAAAGCCCUUCUCCCUGAAAUCUAGUUCUCUGAGGGAAUGGCUUUUGUAUGGGUAGGAACUGAGUCCUGUCAGUCUCAGUCUGCUGCCUGAAGCACCCAAGCACAGGGGCAGGACUAAACCACAGGAAGCCUAGCAGAACAAAAUGAUGGCAUUCCUGCCUCACAGUGAAGGGCCUUCUGGCUGCCACUACAUCUUUCCCUCUUUUUCUGAUGAUCAGGGUGUGAGUGCUGUUUGUAGCAAAACAACAGCACCCAUGCACAAAAGGGGGUGUGUCAGCAGACUUAGGGGGACAUGGAAGCUGCAGUAAUAAUAAUAAUAUAAUAAUAAUAAUAUCGUUAGGUAAAAAAGCUGGGGGGAGGGGGGAAACCCAAAACAGCUUAGUGAGGACUGCGCAACGCCCAUUGAUCAUGGAACAUUGAUUGUCUAUUGAGGUGAGAUGGAUAACUGGGUACAAAGAGGAUGGGGUGGAGUUUCAUCACAGAGGAGAGCAUUGAUGGCUGACUGGAAUAGCUAACAGGAACAUUCCAUGCCACAACAUUUUGUUGGAGUUCUUCGUACAGUGGUACCUUGGGUUAAGUACCGUAUUUUUCGUCCCAUAGGACGCACCUAGUUUUUUGGGGGGGAAAUAAAGGAAAAAAAAUUUCCCUUUAUUUCCCCCCCAAAACCAGGUCGGGGAAACCAAACCAGGUCGAGGAACAGCGGGAUGGCGGCGCUGCGCCUCCCUGCUGUCCCCUGAGCUUGUGGGGCUGUCUGCCUGGCGCGCGGGGCGCUCUGCUUCAGCGCGGCCUGCCCGCCGGGCGGCAGGCUGCUAUCCGCAGUGUGGGGAGCCCUGCAGGGAACUCCUGCAGGGCUCCCCACACUGCAGAUGUCUGCCCAGCGCGAGAGGCGCUCUGCUUCAGGGCAUGUCUCGCGCCGGGCGGCAGGCUGCUAUCCGCAGCGUGGGGAGCCCUGCGGGGAACUCCUGUAGGGCUCCCCAUGCUGCGGAUGUCUGCUCGGCGCGAGGGGCGCUCUGCUUCAGGGUGCGCACCGACCCCUCUCACUCUCCAAGCUUCAGCGAAAGCCUGCAUUCACCCCAUAGGACGCACCCAGAUUUCGCCUUCAUUUUUGGAGGGGAAUAGGUGCGUCCUAUAGGGCGAAAAAUACGGUACUUAAUUCGUUCUGGAGGUCCGUUCUUAACCUGAAACUGUUCUUAACCUGAAGCACCACUUUAGCUAAUGGGGGCUCCCGCUGCUUCCGCACUGCCGGAGCAUGAUUUCAGUUCUCAUCCUGAAGCAAAGUUCUUAACCUGAAGCACUAUUUCUGGGUUAGCGGAGUCUGUAACCUGAAGCGUAUGUAACCUGAAGCGUAUGUAACCUGAAGCGUAUGUAACCCGAGGUACCACUGUAUAAUAGUUUCCCUGAUUCCUCCUCUCCCCUUCCCCUUGCUUUAAAACCAACCUAUUUGCAAAAGUCAUUUUGAAACUUGCUGUGUUGGGUGGCUCUUGCUCUGAAAAGCGUGGUCAAAAUUAAAGGGUUCGGGAACUCAGACUAGGCCAAAUUUCAUAAAAUCGUACACAGACUUUUACGAAAACAAAAUUCUACAAGAUAGGAAAACACCAAAGAAUUACACAGAUUAAAAUAGCUCAGCAGUUAAGAAAACAACAAACACUAACUUAUCCAGCUAAUUAACAUAAACGCUUACACUUAAAUCUCAGUAGGUUGAGCAAAGGAACAAGAAGUUGUCGAGCUCAUUAUUUCUGAGGUUCUAACCUAUUCCCAUAAACCAGGCUUAAAGGGGUGAUAUCACCACACUUGCUUAGGAAAGGAAAUAUUUUACUGAUUUUAAGAAGGCUGCAAGAUUGGGCUCAGGUGGGUUUCUUUGGGUAAGAGACCCCACAGCCCUGGCACCUUUUGCCCAAGGAGGCCCAUGUAAGCCAAUCAUUGCAGCCUUUUAAAAAUCCGUUCAAAGAUUUCCUUUCCUAAGCAAUCUUCCAAACGUCUCUUGCCAAUAGGGUGGUGCUAUUAGUUUCUGUAUUUCAGUACUAUACAUUUGCAAAAAUGUGUGUCUUCUUGGCUCCACCUUCUGCAUUCCACUCGUGCCGCUACUGCCAAUGGGGUAUCGGCAUGCAAAUAAGGCUGCAGUCACUGGCGGCCGAUAGGGUGAGCUGCCACUGAGGUCAUCCUUUGUUGUUGUUUUUUAAUCUAGGCCAAAAAGGACAUUUUGUCUUUUGAAUUUAAUUUGGAAGGAAAAGCUGGGGGCAGGGGGGGGGGGCGGGGAGACACUUUCAUGCACACAGAUUUCCCCUUCUUCCUUGGUUUGGGAGCAGGUUUACGAUUAUUUAAAACGAAGGGUGUCCUUUAAACACAUUGCAAAGAUUUUUAAAAACCUCCUCUUUAAAAUCUAUAUAUAAAUAAUAUAGGCUGCUGAGACGUCAGUCCCUACAAAAUCGGGGCAGUGGGUGACAGCUGAUGGAAUACCAUACAAGUUUUAAUACCCCCCCAAAUUAUUGCUGUUUAUUUACUAUUUUUUAAAAGUGCCUCAAUGCUAGAUGCUCUACGUGUGAAUUAGAGCAAAUCCUGUUCACAGGAUGACAUUGGUGUGUGUUUCAUUUUUUUUUUUUUUAAUGCAUGAAUCUUGAACUCCUUCCUAUUAAUCAACCCUCCCACAUUUGAGUUGUGAUCUCCCGAUAGCAUUCAUUUGCCUUCACUGCCUAAUCUGUGUAGCAUUUUCCUCUUGAAUUGCAGUUUCUUCCCUUUCCCAAUCCUCUUGAAAUUGGGGGGUGGGGAAGAGUGAGAUUAUUCAGUUUGCAGUUAAUCCUAACGCUGUUUUUGGGGUUAAGCUGGUUUAAAAAAACCAGAAAACCGAUCACCACUGUGUGCCUCCAUACACCUCGUUGGGAAAUUGAGAAGAGCUUCAGCUCAUUGGUUGUGUGGCUGAUUUGCAUGCAUAAGGUUCUAGGUUCAAUCCUCUGCAUCUACAGGAAGGGCUGGCAGGUACCCUGGAGAGCCACUGCUGCUGCCAGUCAGUGUAGACCUUACUGAAUUAGAUGGACGUAGCGCUGUGGGUUAAACCACAGAGCCUAGGACUUGCCGAUCAGAAGGUCGGCGAUUCGAAUCCCCGUGACGGGGUGAGCUCCCGUUGCUCGGUCCCUGCUCCUGCCAACCUAGCAGUUCGAAAGCACAUCAAAGUGCAAGUAGAUAAAUAGGUACCGCUCCGGCGGGAAGGUGAACGGCGUUUGCGUGCGCUGCUCUGGUUCGCCAGAAGCGGCUUAGUCAUGCUGGCCACAUGACCCAGAAGCUGUACGCCGGCUCCCUUGGCCAAUAAAGUGAGAUGAGCACCGCAACCCCAGAGUCAGUCACGACUCGAUCUGAUGGUCAGGGGUCCCUUUACCUUAGAAUCAUAGAAUUGUGUAGUUUUGGUCGUCCACCCGUGGGUGGUUGGCUAGGAGCUUACUUGGCAAUUUCGCUCACUGGCUUUUGCACCGGGAAAUAUGCAUAAAUGAAACCAGCCAUGCAACAUCUGCUGCAGUGUUCAGUCAGGGGCAGGGAGGAGAAAUGAAAAGGGAAAUGACAUCAGAUACAAAUAUAGCCACCCUGCAGCUUCAACUAAGCCUUUUCAGUUCAGAAAUCUUGUUGAAAGUACAAACCACACCAGCUUCCUGAUUGCCACCAGUCUCUUGUUCCCAAAAUCAGUGCGGUGUUGUUGCUUUCAAUUAUAAAAAUUGCAAAUGUAUAGACUUGGCCGUGAAAAGCGACUAAUAAAUAACUGGAGCAAAAUAAUUAAAUAAAUGUGUCAUUCCAAAGGCAUGUUUUAAGACUACAUAUUCCAGUUAUUUAUAAACUGUUUCCACUUUUACCAGAAUCUUAAUGGGUUGUAAGAAGGCAGUCAGCUAUGUAUAUAGAUAGAGAUAGAAGGUCAAUUUUUCCACUUCGGCUAUGCCCAAUACUUACCUCAACUCUUUGGAAAUUGGAACGAUCAUCAGUGAUUUCCAAUACUUAACUUACUUCAAAUAAUCUUUUCUGCAAGAUUUAAUUUUUCAGCAAGAGUCUGGAGUAUUUUUCUUGCAUAGUUUAAAAGGAGGAGGAGGAGGGAGAAAAAUUAGAUUCUCAGAAGGUUGGCUUCUGUUCACAAAGCACUUGCUCAACUUUAGAACUCGGUUAGUUUCUUACAUUUGGAUAGGAGAUGUUUUUGAAAAGUUUGGAUUGCCUUAUAUUGCAUUAUGGGUAACAAGGAGUUUUGGGGUUGGGACCGCUUAGGAGUUAAGUCAGCUUUUCAUUAAAAAUGAGCAUUCUGUGAUAACAGUCACCUAGAUUUUAAUGUGUGUACUCUUGACAAAAGCAAAUUGAAGAUGCAUAAUGUCCCUCAUUACUCCUUCCCCAAAUCUGCUGCUCCUAAUGGUGGCUGAAUUGGGAGCUUCUGACGGCAGGCAUUCCCUGUACAGUGGUACCUCAGGUUACAUACGCUUCAGGUUACAUACUCUUCAGGUUACAGACUCCACUAACCCAGAAAUAGUGCUUCAGGUUAAGAACUUUGCUUCAGGAUGAGAACAGAAAUCGGGCUCCGGUGGCGUGGCAGCAGCAGGAGGCCCCAUUAGCUAAAGUGGUGCUUCAGGUUAAGAACAGUUUCAGGUUAAGAACGGACCUCUGGAACGAAUUAAGUACUUAACCCAAGGUACCACUGUACUACUAAGCUCUUUCUUCUUCUCCCUGUUUCCACAUAGCAUCUACAAUUCGGCUGCAAACUGAAUUGCCUUCACAUCUUUUCCCUCUUACUUUCCUUUCUGGAGGUCAAGGGCAAGGAUGCAGUCCCACCCCAAAAUCCCGGGAAUUGUAGUUUACCCCUCGCAGCUACAACUCCCAGCACCCUUAACAAAAUUCCCAGAAUUUUUGAGAGGGGAGAGAAUGUGCUUUAAAUGUAUGGUGUGUCCUCAGCCAUAGUAGUUAUUGUUGGAUAACUACUAGAGAGUUCAAUUCCCUGUUUUGCUGUGAAGCUCACUAGGUGGGUUAGGUGUUUUUUUGAGCAUGACAAACAUGGGUUGGCAUGGGCUGCAGUGUUAGAAACUGAGAUAUGAAAGCAUGGAGCUAAAUGGCACCUUAAACCUAGGUUAUGGGCGCAACAAUGGAAUGUCUAAGCACGCUUUUUUAUAGCGAGAAUACAAAGCUGAAAAUGAAUGAACUGCAGCUAAAAUACUAUGUUCAUUUUUCACAUGCUCUAGUCCUUCCCACCCCCCUAAUAUUCAUAAGAGGGUCUCUACUCCAGUCUUCACAGAGUACAGUCAUACCUUGGUUCUCGAACGCCUUGGUACUCAAAUGUUUUGGCUCCCAAACGCCGCAAACCCAGAAGUGAGUGUCCCGGUUUGCGAACCUCUUUCGGAAGCUGAACAUCCAACACGGCUUCUGCAGCCUUAGUUGUCGAACGGACUCCCGGAACGGAUUAAGUUUGACAACCAAGGUAUGACUGUAGCUGGAAGUGGGGAGGCGGAAAAAGGUCCUCCUUUCCUUCAACUCUGCAGUUUUGAUCUGAAAUCUUAGGUGCAGUAGUGCGCCCAGAGCUCAGAAAUUGCUUGCGCUAAUGAAAUUCUCUAUUGCAACAUGUGCCUAGAACAAUGGGAGUUCCAAACGCUGGUGGGCUGAGUUGCUGGUGGUGGUUUGGCUUCUCUCUUUUGACCUCCUGCUGCAGAGUCAUGCCGGCUCUGGGGUGAGCGUGCUCCAAAGGCCGAGGCAAAGGAGAGCAUGGGAAUCUCAGGUCAAGAAGGGGCUAGCUAUGUCUCUACAUCUGCAUAUGUGUGUGCGUAUGUGUUUGUGUGCAUGGGGAACCUUCUUCCCAACCCGCUUAUCACUUCUGCUGCUCUCAGAUAACAUAAAGUGAGACCACUUGUACUGCUCUCCUCGCCUCCUGGGUUCUUUAAGAGGUGUGGGAUGAUGGAACUGGAGCUGUAUGAAGCAAGAGGGUAAAGUUGUGUGUGGCGCUUGGGAAAGCUUUUUAAGGGAAGUGGGCUGCAGAUUCGGGUAAAAUGCUAUAAGGCUGGCAGGUAAAGAGCCACACAAGGUUGCCCUUCCCCUGAUGAAUCCACAGUUCUGUUUUGUUUUAAAUCUCCUCUCCCCUUCUUUCUUCUCCGCAGGUGGCCGGAUGGGAAACGUAAAAGAAAAAGCAGCCAAUGUUCGGUGAAAAGCAGUAUGUCAGGUAAGCCACCCUUUUCAGGCUGUUUAAAUCCUAGCUAUUUGUCCGGCUCCCACCAGCACCUCGCUUGCAUCCCUGAUCGCUCUGCUUAAUCAAGAAUAAUCAAGAACAAAGUGGGCCGCAGCGAGCGGAGACCAGGCCUUCCACAGCCACAGGCUUGCGAAGCCAAAUGCCUCCCAAAUGACUCGAGCAAGCGAGCCAAGCCACAAAGUUCAGAGCCAGGGAAUAUGCAGAUAUGUAUUUGAGGCAGUUUGAGCUGACAGAUUAGUCUCUUUCUGGCACCCCUGCCUCCAAUCAAACUACUAUUUAAGCCUUGAUGCUACAGCAAUCUAUGCAUCAAGAUCCCUCAGAAAUAUUUCUAGUGGUAUGUGACUUUUAGUUCCACACGAUGGUUUCUCUCUAUAAAGUUGUAGCAAAACCUUCUCUUGAUGCCCCAGAAAAAAAUACAUAUUAGAGGGGAAAAGAGAAAUGCAGGCGGGAGGGGUGGGGAGCCUUCAUUGAUGCAAACAAGCGAUGCCCCGAGACUCCAGAAUAUAAAUAACAGCAUAUCCUCCCGAAAUUUAUCCAACUCUGUCCUUGAACCGAUUGAAGUCCUUUUGAUGUUUUCCACUGGCCCAGAGAAGGAGGUCAUGGGGCAGCUCAGGAUAUCGGUUCUCAAACGGCAGAGUCUGCAGCCGGAAGAUAAACCACUAAAGGGCUGGGGGGUGCAAGAGGUGAGGCCACAAUGGGUCAUGGGGCAAAGGCGCAGUGAUGUGCGGGUUUGUGAAUGAGAGUACUCAGCCGGAUAUUUGCUUCUUAGGAUAAAAUGCUCCCCAUUGGUCUGCCACCCGCUCAAGUCAGCCACCCUCUCCCCACACAGAUACACAUUCCAAAUCAAAUCAUUUUGAUUCCCAUCUCCUGUUACAACCUUCAGUUCUUCAAAGCUCUCACUUGAAUAAUACCUGAGGUUUCUCCCCUAAAAUACAGUAGUAGUGGUCGUAUUGCUAUUAUUAUUGCUACUGUUGCUAUUAUAAUUAUUAAUAUUAUUACUGGUACAUUUAUGAAUCGCUUCCCAUGAGGCAUUCCGAAGCUGCAUACAAUAUAAUUUAAGAGGUUUAUUAAGUGGUUACAUGAAUAAAAACAAUUGCACAUAUAACAAGCAUUUCAAAUAAAUAAAACCUUUUCUCAUAUUUUGUUUUUUAUGUUGUAGUCCCUUGAUGAAGGGCGGUAUAUAAAUUUAAUAAGAGCAAUAACAAUUUUAUAUGUAGAGCACACACACACACACAAAGCAACAAUAGCACAUGUGUAGAAUCAGUUCAAAUCCCAUGCAGAUACCAACUAGGAUAAAGAUCUCCAUUUAGAAGACAUGCAGUAGCUCAUUUUACAACGAAAGGAGCAAGAUGCUUCGAGGGGGGAGGAGAGAGAGAGAGAGAGAGAAAUACCAGGUUCAAGAUUUUACGUAGCAGGUCCAAGGGGGAAACCCCGAGGAGGGGACUUAGGCAGCUGUGGAAAGGCAGGGGCCUUCAGUCUCCCCAAAUGCUUCAUAGGGGCAAGACCUACCAAAGAAGAGUUACUGUGCUCGUUAGGCCUGACACAUCCUGUGCAGAUUCAGCUUUUCUAAAAACUUGCUGUGUGUGAUCCGCUGCUGUCAUUGUGGAAGUGCCCUAGUUCAGUGCCAGAGCACUGGAUGCAGAAGGUUCCCCAGGUUCAGCUUCUGUGAUCUCCUGGGAGGACUGGGAUUGACUCCUGCCUGAACCCCUGAAAAGCUGCUACCAGUCAGGGUGGACCCAGUGGUUUGGAUCCUAUGUUCAGCUUCCCCAUGUUCCUAUUCUGUCCUCUCCCGUCUUGAAUAGGUCUGUUCCAAUGGAAGCUUCACUGUUUGCAAUACGUCCGGCAUUACUAUUUUCCUUUUGCUGUUUGUGGGUUGGGUGGUUGGUUUUGUGCUGGUCCUCCCGGCCUGGUCUAAAGGGCAAAGACAUCCCUUUCCUUAGAAGAGUCAUUGGAAGGGGCUGGGUCUAUGCCCUCUGUUCCAAGGGAAGGCAAUACCUUCUGUGACCCUUGAAGGACACAGGAUCUCAUGGUAAAAUAAAAAUAUAAAUCCUCCUUCUCAUAUUAAAUGCACGAUGUAAUGUGUGAUGUGGGUGGCAGUCACAUAUGGCAUGCAGUGUGUCAUUUGCAAGGGCCAUGCAUACUAGUUUAUCUUCUGUGGCACACAUUAGAUCGUAACAUGCCUGUGGGAAGUCCAUUAAUAUGCCACGCUAAAGAGGAUUCCCUGCUCGGUGGCUGUGUAAAUGGGAUACCUUUUCACAGUCUGUUUUUCGUCUCAUGGAAGCUGAUUUUUCAGUCUCAAACGUGGAAAUGGGAAUCGGUCUAACAUGGCUGCAAAUUGUGUGGUCUCUUGGGGAGGGGGGAAAGCGUCACAGCAGAACUCGGAGCUUUCUCUUCCUACCCAGAUGCUAGCUGUCUUGCUGGCAAAGGAGAGGGGAGGGCUUCUCGUCUUCCCUCCUGCCCCCCCCCCCGGCACCAAAAGCCAUCAUGCUUUCAUGUUGCUAACAGCUGUAUUCCAGAUGAGUUUAAGACCUUGUCUUUCUUCUCUCACAUCCUCAUCCCAUUGCCUCCAUCUGGAAAAUCACACAGGGUUUGAGGGACCUUCUGGCUCCUAAACUACAAGGGCCAGUUUGCGGCAUGAUACUUUCCCCAGCAGGGAUCUAUACUGGUGUAGGGAAACCAUGUGUAAAUUUGUCGUGUGUGCACAAAAGUGCACAAGUAUGUGUGGCUGUAUGGAAAACGUCGUGUCAGAAUUGGCCCUCAGCCAACUCUUAUCCUGUUUAUCUUUUGAGAGAAAGCUCCAAACUCCACUCACCAAACACAAUCACUGGUGUUUCUCACAGUGAACAUGCGGCACAUCCGUAACAUGCAUGUGUCGUUUAUAUACUGAUAUACAUACACCAGAACCCCCAAGCAUGUGCAAUGGGAGAUUUUAAAGAAAAUCACAUCUUUCAUGUUUGCUCCCAGAUGCUCUUGGCACUCACUCUCACACACACAUCAUAUAAUACUUUAUAAAUUCUAUAAAUCGGCCAUGAAUUCUAUAAAUCGGAAAAGGCCAACGAAACAGAAGGGCCAAGUUGAACGUGAGCAUUUGUUGGCAGGAAAUGGGAAUGUGCAGGGAAAAGAGGCUUUGGGGAGGGGUAAGGGAUUGUGGGCCAAGCAGGCCAAGAAGGUGGCCUGAAUUUUGCAUGUUUCGUUUUUUUAUUUAUUUGGAUCUCUCGCUUCUUCCAUCCAGUCUCGGAUGCUGCAAAUAUCUAAGCAACAUGCCACUGCUUUAAGGCAGCUGAGACCUAGGCUUUAUCCCCCUCCACACAGGCAUACUAAUGCUGCAAGGGGGGCACGUCCCCUUUUCCGUCAUGGCUGGGUCAUCCUAGGGUCGUGUGGAGGUGACCCUUGCCACAACCCUAGACAAUAGGACAUUGUGAGGGCAGGGGGUGAACGAGAGAACACAGCUCCUUUUCCUGGAAGGGGGCAGAGGGGGCACCUUCAUUAUCAGGGCUGAUGAGGCUCUGGAGGGUAAGCAAGGUUACAUGAGUUGGGGGUGGUGGUGGCAGGAGAUAAUUGGAAGGGGGGGUCACAGGCUGCUUCCUUCCCCUUCAACAACCCCCCGCAAGCCCAGAGAUAAAGAGCCUUUUUGUGGACGUACAUGGCUGUUGUGUUUUCUGCAUGAAAGCCGCCCUCGUUAGCGGUACUUUAAAUAGCCUUUCAGAAAGACUAACGAAGCCUGGAAGUGGGGGGAGCAGACAAGGACAGGCCUUGCCAUUGCCCCCUCCCUCCUGGAAUGUGGGGUCAGAGGGGAUCCUGAGAGCCAUUAAGGCCAUGGGGUGCCUGUGCUGUGAGGGGUGGACCGCAAAGGAGGCCUGCAGUCUUCAUGUUUUGCCAGCGAAGCAAAGCCAAGUCAGAUAUGAGGCAGCUUACAAAUUAAAGUUGAGGCAAAUACUUGUAUCCUGCCAUCCCCCCCCUCCAUGAAAGUCAUAUGUGGUGUUGUCCCACUUUAUGUUCAUAACAACCCUUCAUUGUAGGAAAGUCAAAGCAAACGGCCCAAGUUUCGCCCAGUGAGCUAGAUGUGGCUGCAGGUAGAUUUGAAACCAGGUUGACCUGGUACAAAUUAGCAUUCAUAAAGAGAAGAGUAGCUCUGAGCAUAUGCUCAGAUUUCCAGAAUGCUCUUUCCAGAAGACCUAGUCAGAAAGGGUUUGGGAGGAAGUUGUAAGGGCUUCAGGAAUGAUCCCUGACUGCUGAAACAUGAAACGGAGCUCGCCAGCAAAGCCUCUCUCUGGCCUUCCUUGCUCCAUAUAUGCUCCACAUAUACAGUCACCAGCUUUCUCACUCUCCAGCUCUGUCCCUGCUCUCUGAUCCUCAUUCACUCGGCCUGUGCUUCCCUCCCUCUUAACAGUGGUCUAACUGGGAGGUCACUACAGCAUGGAUCACUGAAGGCCAGGCUGACCCAGGCCCAGGAAUGGCUGCAGCUGGUCAACCAGCCUAAGCUGGGCAUAAGCUCCCCUUGCCUAAGUGGCUCCAAUGACAAGUGGGAAUCCAGGAGUGAUCCCAGACUAUGAACCUGUUCCUUCAGGGGGAAAGCCAUGCCUCCCAGGAUAGGUCAUACACCUAAUUCCUGGAUACAGAAGCCAUCCGCUCACAGCAUCUCCAUCUUUAUUAGCCCCCACCCAGCCCUUCACCACUUCCAGACACCAGUCCAGCACCUUCACACUUCACAGAUGGAAUGGAGAGAGAGACCUCCAGACAGCAAUACAGUGGUACCUUGGUUCUCAAAUUUAAUCCGUUCCGGAAGUCAGUUCCAAAACCAAAGCGUUCCAAAACCGAGGCAUGCUUUCCCAUAGAAAGUAAUGCAAAAUGGAUUAAUCCGUUCCAGACUUUUAAAAACUACCCCUAAAACAGCAAUUUGACAUGAAUUUACUAUCUAAUGAGACUAUUCAUCCAUAAAAUGGAAGCAAUGAACGCAGUCACACAAUCAAUCAAUCAGUAGCUGAACUGGGUUCCACACAGUCACAAAAACGAAAGAGCCACAAAAAUGCAAAAUAGAUAGCAAAAACAGACAGACCUCAGCAUAACACUCAAAACAGAAGUGUGGCACUCAAAACGGAGCAUGUUCUACUUUUGAAAAAAGUUCGCAAACCGGAACACUUACUUCUGGGUUUGCAGUGUUUGGGUUCCAAGUUGUUUUGAGUACCAAGGCGUUUGAGAACCAAAGUACUACUGUAAUGUGGUAGCAUGGGGGAAGCAUCACAGGACCAUUAAUAAAGCAGAAUAAAUUUGCCACUAAAGCAGUGUUACUGUGCCAAAACCACGUUGCAGAAUACACCGGCAACACAACACCCAUCUGGAAGGGCUUGUAGUGUGUUAACCUUGUGGUUUUGUGCAGCUUGGUUGUGUUGCUUGUGUUUCUAAAAGGGAGGCGACUUUGAGAGCUGCGAGUGGCUAGUAAAGUGUGUUGCUUUUAAAGAUAUAAAAUUGUGAUAUGACCCCUUUGUGUUUCAGAGGUGAUAUGGGUCUAGCCAGCAGGUAAUGAUGACCAGUGAAAGAGAGUAAGGGUGGGCAGGCCCAUUGAAGUCUGGUGUGUCCCAGUUCUGUAUUCCCCCUUCCAGCCCUGAUCUCUCCAUUCUUGUUUUCUCCUCCAGGGUACAUCCCUAGCUACUUGGACAAAGAUGAGCAGUGCGUUGUAUGUGGAGACAAAGCCACGGGGUACCACUACCGAUGUAUUACCUGUGAAGGCUGCAAGGUAAUGGAAACAUGGGAAGGCCAUCUGGCCCGAGCGGCUCACUAGAGGGUGAAUUCUCUCCUUUGACUUGGUGCCUCUGCAUGACCCCAGGCAGCUGCCAAGGACGGCACUGCCCAGGGCUUGGGUUUUUUGGGUGCUGCGACUGAUGGGAAGCAUUUUGGUCCUUUUCGCAGCAGGGGCCAGAGGAAGGCUGUGGGUGAGCCUGGUGCUAAGUGAGGGUCUGGAAGGUUUGAGCCAAAUGUGUGAGCAGCAGUCGCUCAGAAUUUCUGGGCCAAGCUUCACUGAGAUAUAUAGAAGGAUAAACUAGAGCAGGGGUCUGCAACCCGCGGCUCCGGAGCCGCAUGUGGCUCUUUUACACCUUUGCUGCGGCUCCAGGGCGGAUACUAGUGAGGGGAGGAGGCGCAUUGUGCGCCCCGACACUCCCCACUGUGGCGGGCGCUGUACUGGCUGUGACAUCGCAUGGGGGCAGUGCGUGCGUUAGUCACGCACCGUCCCGACGUCACCUUCCCGCCCGCCCGCCCGCUACAUUGUAAGGGGCAUGUACGCUGGUCACUGCAUUGAAAGGGGGCAUGUACACUGGUCACUGUUUUGAAGGGGAGUGAAGAACACACACACAAAAAGGUAACUUGUUAAUUUAACGUUUAUUUCUAUGAGGAGGAGUAAUUCUGAGAGGUCAAACAAAGAAAUAAUAAAAAAGUGACAAAAAAGUUAUUUUUAUAAUGACGAGUUUUGCGGCUCCCAGUUUUUUUUCUUCGGAAAUGGGUCCAAGUGGCUCUUUUUGUCUUAAAGGUUGCAGACCCCUGAACUAGAGAGUGAAAAAGGAAUUGAUAUGUCUUGGCAAACUGCAGUGUGGAAUGGCUAAAGCCAGAUUUUUACAGUGAUGCGAGCUAGACAAAUUAAUAUUUUCCGUGGUCUCUGGUUACAUUUCUUAAUUUGUUGACUCUUCUUCUGUUCCACAUUUACCUUACUGAUCUGUCAGCCUCCCUCACUGCCAUCACCCUCCCCCAGGAUUCUUUUCACCGCCUCUGUUGUGCUCUUUCUCCAAGGGACUUGGAGUGGGGCCUGUGUGGGGGUUUCCCAGCUUUCUCCUCACCAGGUUAGGCUGGCAGGUAAUGAUUUUUGCCCUGUGCAUUUUAUAGAUGUGUAGGUGUUUGAACCUGCAUCUCCUAGGUCUAGGGCCAACUACCUAGCUGCCACCACACCACAGUAAUGACCGUAUGUCACUAGCAUGCUUGGGGCUGCAUAGGACACAGUCGUGAUAAACUUUUCUGCCCAAAGUGUCUGCAAGUCAGUACAGUCGUACCUUGGAUCCCGAACGCUUUGCGAGUCGAAUGUUUUGGCUCCCGAAUGCCGCAAACCCGGAAGUGAGUGUUCUGGUUUGCAAAUGUUCUUUGGAACGCGAAUGUCUGAUGCUACUUCCGAUUGGCUGCAGGAGCUUCCUGCAGCCAAUCAGAAGCUGUGCCUUGGUUUCUGAAUGUUUUGGAAGUCGAACAGACUUCCAGAACAGAUUCCAUUCGACUUCCGAGGUACCACUGUAUUAGGUGGACAAAACCAGAAGAUCUGGAAGUAGAGAGCAUGGAUUCACAAAAUAAGUGGGGAUGGGGUAGAGUAGAAUUAAAAGGCCCUUGAGGGACAGGUGAGAUGUGCCUGUGGAGUGGAUCUGGAAGGACUUUACUGGAGGAGAGGACCUUGACAGAACAGAGAGCAACAAGCAGUUGUUGCUGCAGGCAGAGUGCUCAGAUUAAUCAAAGGCAGGGAGAUGGGAGAAUGAGCCCAAGGGGCCUGGUUAAGAACAACCCAGCAGUUUUGGGAAAAUUCAAAUGGCACCCCACAUUCCAUAAAUGCAACUCACCAUGGCAUCCUUUUGCGCAAGCCUCAUUGCGGUGGGCAAGAAUGCUGCCAUUUAUUUUGUUUUUUGUACAGCAGAACUUUCUGGUGGAUUGUGUGCCUCAAGGGUCAGAUCCUGUGUAAAGCCAGUGUGGUGUAGUGGUUAGCGUGCUGUGCUAGGUCUGUGAAGACACCGGCUCAAUGUCUCCCCCUCCUCCCAAUCCACAGUGCCCACUGGGUGACAUUGGAUCAGUCAUACCCUCUCAGCCUGACCCACCUCACCAUUGGUUGGUGAGAAGACAACAUAUGUGUCUAUGUAGGGGAGAGUCAUGCUUGCUAGCUUGAGCUCGUUGGAAGAAAGCCAGGUUACGAGUGUAGCUUAAUUUAAUGAAAUACAUGCACGUCUCGCUCAGCUGCCCUUAAUGGUGUCUAAAACCUAUGAACUGAGGUGGCCGCUUUGCUGUAUGUACCUUGUGGGAGUGUCAACUCCAGUUGGCAAAAGAACUUGUGAGAAAAGGAGCAGCAUAUGGAGGAAGGAAACAGCAAAGAGAACGGGAAAAUAGAAUCCACGCUGAGAAAUUGAAGGAGGUUGUGCCAAAAAAAGAGAGCGAGCGAGCGGGGAGAGUACUGUUUCUUCUGUAGUAUUGACUUCCAGGCAUUACUUUUGAGUGCUGAUCUUGAGAUUUCCCAGCGCAACAUGUGGUUUUCCCAGGCGAGAGAUUUGUUUUAUUGCACUGUAUUAACGUCAGUUUUGUGGUGCUGAUUAUGACUUAGUUAGGCACUGGGUACUGUUUGCAAAGAGGCACCCCUCAUUCCAAUGCCCCCCUCCUGUCAUGUUCUCGGCACAUGGCGAGCCUUCCUGGGUGAUCUAAGGUCACUGGGCACUGGGAGGGGGGGUCUUAAAAGGGCACCAAUGGCAGGGUAGAAGAUUCUGGGGUUAAUAUAACAGCAUGGCUGGAUAACCAGUCAUGCUGGGCCCCUAAUGAGGGAGGACACGUUUUAGGACCAAACUUAAGUAUGGUAAGUGUGUGUUUAGCAAAUGAAUAAAUCACUCCCACUUGCCUAUAUGUAAUAAUAAUAAUAAUAAUAAUAAUAAUAAUAAUAAUAAUAAUAAUAAUUCUAUUAUUUAUACCCCGCCCAUCUGUCUGGGUUUCCCAGUGUGCAAAUGAGUGUGCAUUGGAGGGCGGGGUUAAAACCUCCCCCUCAACUCGGCUGCUUUAAAUCCUUUCUCCCCAGCUCACUUCCACUAUUGAACCCAGGCAGACAGGAAAUAGCUUGGAAACAGUUGAGUGCAAUAGUUUCCAAUUAGUGGAACGUGACCAACAAACUGCUGCGCCCUGACCUAAAGUGGGUCUCUUGCCAGAAGCAGUCCCCCUGCCCCCCCCCCCCGCACACACAUUCUUCUUUGAGAGAGAGGAAAGAAAGAGAGGACAACAAAACUAAACAAAAAGAGAAAAGGAAAGGCAUGCAAGUGCAGUAAAAGCCGGCAGAGACAGCUCAAGACCUCUCUGUUCCUGAAGUGGAACAUUCAAAUGACAGAGAUUUGAGCUGCCCCUGAUUCUUACCUCAGAAUCUACUGACUACCUCAGAUUGCCAGCCCUUGGUGCAGGGCGGAGUGCAAGAUGGGGUGCUCCUGGCUUUGAAAGAAGUUGAAAAACUAGUGGCAGCUUUGAGUCGCCGUUAAAGGUUGUACAGUGGUACCUCGGGUUACAUACGCUUCAGGUUACAUAUGCUUCAGGCUACAGACUCUGCUAACCCAGAAAUAGUACCUCAGGUUAAGAACUUUGCUUCAGGAUGAGAACAGAAAUUGUGCUCCGGUGGCAGCAGGAGGCCCCAUUAGCUAAAGUGGUGCUUCAGGUUAAGAACAGUUUCAGGUUAAGAACGGACCUCCAGAACCAGUUAAGUACUUAACCCGAGGUACCACUGUAUAGAGAGAGAGCUAGCAGAUCCAACCCAUGAGGCAGAACCUGCUGAGACGUUCUCCAACAUACACCUAGACAGAAAUGAAUGGGAGCUGUAGGAGAGCACAAUAGGGGGUGGAAAACACCCUUGUCAAUUGUGCCCCAUGUUGAUGAAUGGGAGGCCUUUGGGGCAGCCCCAGGACUUGUAGCUUAGAACCACAGAAGAAGAACAUGGGAGCGCACCACCUCAACUUCUGCAAUAGAAAAUCACCCAUUUGCCUGAUGGACUUGCAUUUCUAAGAUGCAAGCCCUAAUACGCUUGGCAUUGGUGGUUAGAAUGGGCAGGAGUCCCGUUUGAUGUUGGAAGUGCCAAUAGGGCUGUACCCCGUUGGUUAGAAAACAGGAGCCAAGUGGGUGGCUUGAAAAACGGAAGGCGCUCCUUCCUUCUCAGGACUGCCUGGUUCUGAUUCCGCUCUUCCCCUCUGCAGGGCUUUUUCCGGCGGACCAUCCAGAAGAAUCUGCACCCGACAUACUCCUGCAAGUACGAUGCCUCCUGCGUCAUCGACAAGAUCACUCGCAACCAGUGCCAGCUUUGCCGAUUCAAGAAGUGCAUUGCCGUUGGCAUGGCCAUGGACUGUAAGGGCAUUGCGCCCGCUAUGGAGGGAUGCGAGGGUUGGGGAAGACGAGGGAGGGAGCGGUUGCAACCGGGGAUCCCAUCACGGAAAUAAAUGUAGCCAAGGAUGUGGGAGCAGGGAGGUGGCAUGCGGCUUGUUCCAACAUAGAGUUGUGUGGGACCAUCUAUUAAUCCCAAUGUAAUUGGGGCCGUUGUUGCGGCAUGAGAACCCCACGGGCCGGAGUAAGCGGCCUCAGAAUUCCGUAGGCUGUCACAGGAGCCGGCCAAUCAAAUGGCUUCUUGUGAGGCCAUUCAGCGCAUUGGUUAGUGGGCUGCAGGAUGCGACGGGCGCCUCACAGAGUUCUGAUUGGCUGUGUGUGAGGCCCCACUGCCCACUCAUGCCUCUCCAUUCUUCGCGCCCCCUAGUGGUGCUGGAUGACUCCAAGAGGGUAGCCAAGCGGAAGCUGAUUGAAGAGAACCGGGAGAGGCGGCGCAAGGAAGAGAUGAUGAAAUCCCUUCAGCACAGGCCGGAGCCAACCACGGAGGAGUGGGAGCUGAUCCACAUCGCCACGGAAGCGCACCGCAGCACCAACGCCCAAGGCAGCCACUGGAAGCAGAAGCGGAAAUUCCUGGUAAAUAGUGGAGGCGGGUGCGGCAGGCAGAGUCUUAACCAGGGGUUGCAUGUAUUAACCAGGGGUUGCAUGAUCCCGCACAAUCUCUUCUUCUUAUUCCUUGCUUUCUUUUUGGAUUAACAUUUCCUGGCUCUUCUUCCCCGGUUUCUGAGCAUCCAUAUCUUCCCCCCAACCUUUGCGUUCUCGCGCACAGACAUUGUGAAAAUCUGGCAGAAUAAAGGGUGCCAAAUGAGCAGAUAACAACAGGUAUAUCUUGUUUUGCAUCAGGGCUGGGUUACGUGUCUGUGUGUGCAUGCAAAGUCCAUGUAGCUUUGCUUAACACUUUCCUUUACUUUGGGUUUUGUUCUUAUUCUACCAUGCGUAAGCUAGGUUCUGUAGAGAACAGGAAGUAGCAUGGUUACUACCUAGGGAGCUAGCCAUGCCUACGGGCCACUUCUCCUGCAUGUCUUCCUAAUCCUGUGGAAACAAAUGCACAAUUUUAUGCUACGCAAAUGGUUUAACACAAGCUGGAAGCACACAUCUGGCCCAAGGUAUGCUCGUGUUCUACCCGGCUUGUUAUUUGCUACAGUGGCAUACUUUGCAUAUACCGCUGAACCGUGGCUUUGUGCUUCAUGAGGAACCCUGCAGCUUUCCCUGCUUUGGUCAUGCUGCUGCAAUGCUACUGGGACCAAGCCAUGGUUUGAGUCCGUAUUACAUCCGAACCCAGGCUUAUGGUUUGUCUCGCUCCAGACAAAGCACAAGCUUCGCAAGUCUGGGUGUGGACAUAACACUAUAACCGAAGUCAAGAUGUUUUUGAGAAAACACCAACUUCCAUGCAGUCUUCCAGGUUAAAAAACUAUUACUAUUACUAGUUAUUGCUUGUACCCCCACCCAUCUGGCUGGGUUGCCCCAGCCACUCUGAGCGGCUUCCAACAGAAUAUAAAGAACACACACUACACUCUCCUUCAUACCUAAAGUAAUACUAAUAAAACCUGUGCAUAGAGAUCUAGCAUGCCAGGAAGAAGGGUCUAGCCUGGCCUUUUCUUACAUGCUUACAAAAAUAAAUGAAUGCUGGAUCGUUCAACUGUGUGGUCUCCUAUUAAUAGGGCAGAGAAGCAGGUUUCCCUUUAUAUUAUUAUUAUUAUUAUUAUUAUUAUUAUUAUUAUUUCAACUAGGCCUUAUUCACAACUGAAUUUUGCUGUCUCGCAGCCACAUAGUAUCAUAUAAUUUCCCCCUUCUUUUUUAAAAAACCACACUUUGAUUAACAUUCAAUAGGCCCACAAGAGCCAGACAGUGACAUUUUUACCAUGAAGUACCAGUUCACGGGUGGCGCUGUGGGUAAAACCUCAGUGCCUAGGGCUUGCCGAUCGCAUGGUUGGCGGUUCGAAUCCCCGCGGCGGGGUGAGCUCCCGUCUUUUGGUCCCAGCUCCUGCCCACCUAGCAGUUUGAAAGCACCCCUAAGUGCAAGUAGAUAAAUAGGUACCGCUUUAUAGCGGGAAGGUAAACGGCGUUUCCGUGUGCUGUGCUGGUGCUGGCUCGCCAGAGCAGCUUCGUCAUGCUGGCCACGGAAGUGUCUCCGGACAGCGCUGGCCCCCGGCCUCUUAAGUGAGAUGGGCGCACAACCCUAGAGUCAGACACGACUGGCCCGUACGGGCAGGGGUACCUUUACCUUUACCUUUACCAGUUCACCACCCCAGAUUACUAUUUUUGUUUAAAACGCAGUUUUGCAGUGCAACCCUAGACAUGCCUGUUCAGACGUAAGCCCCCCUCCUAAGAGGAUGUCUUCUAAGAGAGAGCGUACAGAAUUGCAGUAAUACAUGUAUUUUAAACUUUUCACUUUUAAACCUCUUUUAAAAUUGUUUAAUAGCCUGUAUUUUUAUUUGAGCUAAUUUUUUGGUGGCUAGGGUUAUUUCCCUUCAGCAGGUCAAUACACACACACACACACACACACACGCACACACACACAAAAAUAUGUGUGCAGGUAUACAGUCAUACCUCGGCUCCCAAACGCCUUGGGAGUCUAACGUUUCGGCUCUCGAAUGAUCGAAAACCAGAAGUGAGUGUUCUGGUUUUCAAACGUUCUCUAGGAAGCCAAAUGUCCAAUAGGGCUUCUGCAGCUUCCAGCUGGAUGCAGAAGCUUCCUGCAGCCAAUCAGAAGCCGCACUUUGGAAGUCGGAUGUUUCAGAAGUUGGACGGACUUCCGGAACAGAUUCUGUUCGACUUCCGAGGUACGACUGUAUAUCUGUAGUAUAAAACCAUACACAGUGGUGCACACUCCAGCCAAAUUUCCGAUAAACGGUUUUGAAGCCCCUUCUAUUUCAGAAGGAUAUAUGUAGGCAUGUGCUAAACCCUCUAAUUGAAAUUGAUUGGAUUUAAAACUGCUUAACAUUGGUGGUGCCCACUCUGAACAAAACGUAUCGGUUUCCUUUUCCAGACUGCCAUAUGCAUUAAAUUUGACCUUUUUUUUUUAAUGUGGUGAGACUCUAACCCAUGCUUAGACUUAGCACUGGUAGUAAGCUCGGAAGUCAAAACAUAUGGCAAUAAAAUCCAAGAUCUCAAUAGUUUUAAUUAAAUAAAGGUUUCUCCUCCUCCCACAGCUUUAGCAAAUGAUUCAGGCCCUACAGAGGGACCUUUGAAGGGUUAAAGUGAUUGAGCAAAGGGACACAGCUGUGACCUCUCAGCUCCCUCCAAGGGCAGAUGGGCCGGAAACCCCCCAACCCAGCCCCCUCCCUUCCCCCUUGCCUUACAGAGUAGGGAUUGCUGGUGUGGGGUGCCCUCUUCUGGCCACAGUCAGCUAGUGCCAGGGCAGGUCAGGACAUAGAGGUCAAGGGAAGUGGGGCUUGAGGGGAGGGGGAGAAAGGAAAUCAGAGGCCACAGGCAGGGUGGCUCUUGAAGAAACAUUUCUCUCUCAUAGUCCUUCUUCUCCCACCCACCAGGGAAUUGGAAAAAUCCCAUACAGUAUUUUGGUACUGAAUUGAAUGUACAAACAUUAUGCAAAAUGAUACAGUUGUUCAAAUCUUUAUUUUUUAUUUCUUAAUGCUUAUUGUUAUAAGAUGCUUGUUAUAAUGAAAACCAAUAAAAAUAUUAACACACACACACACACACACACACACACACUCCUAAGCUUUGCAAUGACAGACAAACACGUUCCUAAAUUAAGCUACAGUUUUGAAAUUCAGUCUGGGCAAUGGUCUGAAAGCAACACAAGUGCAGUUUUAGGUGUUCUCUUAAGGAACGGGGGAAACAAACUGCAAACCUCGUUUAAGUUCUGCAAAGGAAGAACAGGAGAGAAGUGUGGUGGGUUCCAAUGCACCAUUUUUACUGGUAAAAAAACCCCCCACACACCAUAAAAGCUUCCCCAGCUCCCACAUGGGUGGGUCACAGGCUCUAGCAUGCCCUUAAUGUUGAUUAAUGUCCUGCAUUAAAAACAGAAGGGGUGCCUUGCUCCAGAAAGGGGGUGCGCACAGGGCUGCACCCACUCAGCAGGGACAACAGAACUUCAGGUGUCCUAGAGGAUAAUUGGAGGAAUCCUUCAAGGGGAAGACGCCUGCAGGCCCUUGUGACAACAGGCGCUUAAGGUGCAAAGCAAUUCUGUCUCCUCCCCGAUUGCAUUCUUUACCCCCUCGCUCCAUACAAGUAAGUGGAGUGUGUUUUUCAUUUACAGUGAACGCUUGGGUUGCGAACGUGAUUCGUGCAGGAUGCAUGUUCACAAUCCGCAGCGUUCGCAACCCACAGCAGUGCGUCUGUGCACGCACAGGUUGCGAUUCGGCGCUUCUGCGCAUGCGCGACCACUGAAACACGGAAGUAACCCGUUCCAGUACUUUUGGGUUUUGGCAGGUCUGUAACAAAAAAAUGCAACCUGAAGCGUCUGUAACCUGAGGUAUGACUGUACUUGCAUGGACUAGGGUAAAUCAGGAAAAUAUUCAUGGGGACAGAACACAAUUUUGUCCAGCGUAAACCCCCAUUUUCCACUUGAGGAGUUCUUCUCUGUCCCCCCAUCCCCCAGCAGAGAGACAACAGAUUGCAAAGCAGGAGUAGCCAAAAUGAAUUUUAACAAUACAGGAAAGUAGUUUGAGAUUGCCUUAGACUAGAAAUUGAUCAACCUUUCGCAACUACCUUUCCUGUAAAAAUUAAUGAAAACCAAGCCAUAUUAUAAUUCACAGUUCUUUUGAAUGCACGUUUUCACAAAAUACACAACUUGUAUGCGUUUUGCUGCAAAAUAAUCAUUUCUGGGUGCGUUUUGGUACUUCUUUUGAGCGAAGAACUGCAUCGCAAAAUCUAGGGAAGCACGGAAACCUUAAAAAUCGCUGCAUUCUGAUCCUCCCCCUCAUCCUGGAAGUGCGAAUAACUUAAAAAUGAGGGCUGGAUGAAAUCCUGGAGCUUCCCUACCUUCAACACAUGAGGCUGUGGCUUGCUCCAGAUCUUGUCAGCACUGUUGACAGAACCCCAAAGUGAAAUGUGCACUGACUCAGUGAGAGACAUCAAGGUUAUUCACUUUGAAAAUGAAGCAGCAACUUGGUGGGAAACUGUGGGUUUUGGUGUGAGAUACAGCAGUGAGCUUUUUCGUGUUGACGGACAGAUUUGUAACCCAGAGAAACUUUUCUGGGCACUAGCAUAAUCUAGCACACGCUACUACAGCCUGUUCUAGAGGAUGCAAUAGAAUGCUUCUUUCAAAUCUAAUUUCAGCAGGGCAGGGGACCCUGUGGUUGCCUAUGGGUGCCAGGUUGUUGAUAUGCUAAAGUCUACCUUGCAAAGUUUUACGUUGCCAGGGUUGUGCGUCCUUCAGAACCAGAACGGUCAGUUCAACAAGAGGGAAUUGCCUAAUGGUACCAUGUGCCUUAAAAAGAAGGCCGUGUUUCAAUGUGUUUUUCCCAUUAGUUCCCGGCAAGCCGCACAUGCAGCACUCAUCAACAGAAGAUUCAGAACGCGUAGUUCUUCCUGUUGCAAAAGUAGAAUCGGAUUCUGGUGGUUUUAGAGAAUGGAAGGUGGAUUCGCCCCAAACUUUUGUUCUGCAGAGUCAUGAUUCUGCCUCUCUUCUCGCCCCACUCACAGCCCGAAGAUAUCGGUCAGUCACCUAUGGCCUCCAUGCCCGAUGGGGACAAAGUGGACUUGGAGGCGUUCAGUGAGUUUACGAAGAUCAUCACCCCCGCCAUCACCCGUGUGGUGGAUUUUGCCAAAAAACUGCCCAUGUUUUCAGAGGUAAGCGAGGUGGGUGGGUAGAUUCCAUCAGAGGGUUGGGGAGAAAGGAGUUUGGUGAUAAUCUCUUGAACAUGCAGAGAUCACAGGUCUUCCCAUUACACUGAUUAGUAAGGGGAAAGCCACAGGUGUGGAGCUAGCUUCUUGCUUCCUCCCACCAUAAUAAUCUCCAUGGUUUGCCACCAGAAGGAAAUAUUAAGGGGCAGAUAGAGAGGUAUGAUGGGGUGCAAGCAAGCUUGUUACUGAUUUGUCCAGUCAGGCUGAGGUGCUGAUGACGGGUAGGCCCAAACCAAAAGUGACAGACAAUUUUCAUGACCGCCUCUGUCAGUGUCAGAAGGUGCUCUGUUCUUUCAGCAACCUUUCAUAAAUCAAAAUGAAAAGGAAGUGUUGGUUCGGAAUGCAUUGACUUGGAAUGGGCUUCCUGAUUAGCUAGGAUCACCUAAGUGACCAGUCUAGGUACUCUAAAAUAGCUUGAUUUGGUCUCUGUAAUGUAAGCCGGGCAUCUAGAAAAACCAGAUUGGUUGUGUAGCAUCAUGAUGGCAUUGUGGCCACUAUGUGAUUCCUGGUUAGCUGGGAUCACUUAACGAAGGUAAAAACCCUAAAAGGGAAAAAUGGCUGUGAAGCUGUAAUGUAUUGGGCGACUAAUGGCUGCAAAAUGAUGAACAUUCUCAGAGGUAGGAGUUCGUUUCAAGAAACAUUUCAGGAUAGCUGUGUACAUUCCAAUUCCCACCCACCCAAACCAUGCAUAUAAUAAACCUGUAACCUGUAAACAUGCAGCUGAUGAUAUGGACCGUAGUCCACAAAAACUUGUGCCACAGGAAGUGUACUAAGGUGUCACAAGACUCUUCUUCCUUCAAACAAAUGGCUUUUGAAGAGAACUGCCAAGUUCUUACCCUCUCCCAAGCAAUUCCUGAUUUCCCGCUGCUCCUCACCCUGCUUUGAUUCAUGCCCAGACUCUGGCCUUUCUCCUUCCAUGAUCUCUCCUUAGUGCACCUUUCCUUUUCUCCUCAUAAACCCUCCUCGCUUUGCUCCUUUGUUGGGGGCAGUGGAAACAUGCUAACUCCGUGGAGUCUGGAGCAAGGAGUGCAAAGGGCCCUCUUCUCUGUGAAGCACAGCCCUAGUAAGCCGGCUGCCACUGACCGCCAUGCCUCUCCCUGCCCACAGCUGCCUUGUGAGGACCAGAUCAUCCUUCUGAAGGGCUGCUGCAUGGAGAUCAUGUCACUGCGGGCGGCUGUGCGCUAUGACCCCGAGAGCGAGACGCUGACGCUAAGUGGCGAGAUGGCCGUCAAGCGGGAGCAGCUGAAGAACGGCGGCCUGGGCGUGGUGUCGGACGCCAUCUUUGAUCUGGGCAAGUCCCUCUCUGCCUUCAACCUGGACGACACCGAAGUGGCGCUGCUCCAGGCUGUGCUGCUCAUGUCCUCAGGUACAGGAUUCGGGAUAUACGCGGCCACCCCAUCUGGCCCAUAGCACCCCCAGUCUGCUCACUCUCAGCCAUCAGGUGGGGAGGGUGGGAGCCUCUUCUUGGAGCCAAUCAGAGGCUUUUCUCAAGCUUAAUUUUGGCGGGUUUGUUGGAUGGGGUCACAGCUGGGGGGGGGGGAAGAAUGAAUCCUCCACAUAUGCUGCAGCACUGCCAAAAAUAUAGAAUUUUGGCUUUUUAAGAAGCCCAUUCAACCACUCCAAUUGAAGGGUUGGGGGUUUUUUAGUCGAAUUGCUACACUGGGCUUGGGAGGAUUGGAGCUGGUUGCAGCUGGAGGGGGAAGGGUUAACGCCUUCCUUGUGCCAUGUGACCCACUGAACCCGCCCCCUGCUGCUGUUAAACUUGGGGGAAACCCUUACUGUCUGCUCCAAUAGUAGGUUUCCUCCAAGCCUAAUUACAGCACCUGGUGCUGUUUGUGUGAGUGCAGAAGGGGAAGGAAGGGUUAAUCUUCCCUUCUGCAGCAGCAGUCCCCAUGAAGAUCUGGCAGUGAGGCUUGGGAAAAAGUCAAAAUGCUUCUCCACCCCCACCCCAAGACUAACUGCUGGCUGUGGGAGGGAGGAGAGUAAAAAUCUGCAGGCGACUGUGUGUAUUGCAUGUAUGGAUAUGAAGUAGUGAGCAUGCCUGCUUUGCCAAAACCUCCUUUUUGCCUUGAUCACACCUGUUGCUUGACUAGAAGGUUGGUCCAGUAGGAAUCUGGGCUUCCGCCCCAGGAGGGUUCCCCGCUUCUUGUCUGUGUUGACUCGCAGCAGCUGGGCAGGGUUUUGGACAGGCGUCUGCCUAGAAAUGAUGGGGAUGAAACCCCAAGGCCUUUUUGCAUGCGGAACACAUCCUCUGCCGCUGUCUGAGCCCUUCCCUUAAAAGGCAUAGACUUGGGCCCACCUAUGAACAUAGAUGCCUGAGCCGCUACCGCAGGGCAUAUGUGGCAUUUUGAGUGGGGUCUAUUUGGGUAUUGGGCAGGUCAGUGCAGGCAUGGAGGAACAAGGAAAGGGGUGAAAUAGUAGAGAAUAUGAUAACCACUCAAUGGGUUUGCCAGGAGGAGCGUAAUUCAGCCACCUCUGAGGUCGAUUAAAUUGGUCUUGGAGCCAGUGGGUGUUAAGAAGGUGGGUUCAGGAUCAUUAAUUGCAGGUGGGGUGCACUGAGCGGCCAGCUUGAAUGUAGGGUUGCAGUUGGUCGGACAGUGUCAUUUCACUUUUACAGUAUUUUCCAUGUAUAAGACGCCCCCUACUUUUGGGGACCCCACAUUUAGAAAAUGGUCAUAUGCACUAUCUGUGUAUACAACGCCCUCAGAUUUUUAACCUUAUUUUAAAGUAAAAAAAACCCUAGUCUUAUACAUGGAAAAGUACGGUAAUUUGUAUACCGCCUUUCUAUAUUACUAUACACAAGGAGGUUUUCAGCAGCAAAAUACACAACAGAGAACGCAUACGUUACAUGAUCUGAUCCAAUACUACAAAAUCAUAAUAAAACAUAACUUUAAAAUGGAACAACUUAUAUCAAAUAAUAAAGUAAUACUCGGUGAUCUAUUAGAACAGUAAAAUGAACUCUCGAAACAUCAGCAAAUAAUAAUUAAACAGAAAUUCACUCUUGACCAUUGCAGUUUGUAACUACAAACUAUGAUCAACAAAAAUAACUGCAAGUCACAGUGCCUAAAAUACCACAAGGUGUACAAAACCAUGUAAAAGGAUCAAACUGAGAAGCAAAGGCACCCGGUGGGCUUCCUUGGACUUGCGUUCCUAACCUGAGAUUUGGCUGGAGGAGCUGGCUGUUGAGUUGUCUGUAAGCAGCCACACUGGAAUCCAGAGCCGGGAUGGAAAUUUCCAGCUCAGGGCCAGAUUCGGGCCCGGCAAAAGCAAGCAUACAGUGCGCAGUAAAAUUCUGGAGCUCAUUGGCCCUAAGGUGGCAUUACAGCCAGCAGCUCAAACGUCUUUAGCCAGGGUGUGACAUUUGUGGAGGAUAAGCUGACAUCUCUGUCAAAGGCAUGUAUGCACUCUGAAUACCAGGCACUGGGAGUCCCAAGUGGGAGGAGGCUGCUGGGCUCAUGCUCUGCUUGUGUGCUGCUUGCCAUCAACAUCUCGGGAGCCACUGUGGGGAAGUGGGAGGCUGGGCUAGGCAGGGCCUGGGCCUGGCGCCACGGGCACCCUUCUCACGCCCUCUCUAUUCCCCCCUUUGCAGACCGCAGCGGGCUGAUCUGCGUCGACAAGAUUGAGAAAUGCCAAGAGACAUACCUGCUGGCAUUUGAACACUACAUCAACUAUCGCAAACACAACAUUCCCCACUUCUGGCCCAAGCUCCUCAUGAAGGUGACCGACCUGCGCAUGAUUGGAGCUUGCCACGCAAGCCGCUUCCUGCACAUGAAGGUGGAAUGCCCCACGGAGCUCUUCCCCCCGCUCUUCCUCGAGGUCUUUGAGGAUCAGGAAGUCUAA